AAUAUUCACUCUUUAAAAAAAAAGCUCUGGCUAAAUGGAGAAAUUGUCCUCUCUGCUCAUCACUUGUCCAUGACCACCUUCCACAUAAGGACAAAACAUUCUUGGACCACCAAACUUUGAGAGAGAAGAAACAAUAUUUUCUUUCAAAUUGAAUAGAAGUAGCUGGAUUAGAAAAAACAAUAAACGCACCCCUAGACAAGUUUCUGAGUUCAGGCAAUCUUGGGGAGUCAUGGGUUGCCCCCCAUACUUGAAAAUGCUAUAAGACCUAAAGAUUGGCUGGACCAUCCAUCCCUCCCUCCCUCCCUCCCACUCCUUGAAGCCUCAAAUUUCUCAAUUCUUCCUUCUGCCUUGGCUUUUGUUGAGUCACAAACUGACAGAUAUGCCCUGUCCAUGACAUUUAAUGCCACCUGAUGGUUGAUCCCGCUUGGUUUCUUGGCUUUUCUCUUCAACAUCUUCAAACUAAGUCCCUAGCUAGCUCCUCCUACUCACUGCCCACACUAGUCCUAUGGAAUCCCGAGCCAAAACUUAUCAAGUCAAACAGCUUGGAGAGCUUCUCCAAGAAGAGCAAGAGCCUUUUGUUCUUGAAGUGUAUCUUUUGGAGAGAUGGUAUGCGAACAGGAGGGAGUCUUUGAGGAGGUCGAGCAGCAGCGGUCGACCAACGAGUCGAAAGAGAAUUGUUCGGCUUUCGAAGUUGCUGAGAACUCUCUACAACAAGGUUGCUUCUUUUAAUGAGAAGAAGCGUAGAGUGAAGAACAGGGAAAGAGGUGAAGAGACUGGUGUUGCUGAUCCUAGUACUAAACAGGAUGCCGCCGAAGCCGACAGAUUUUCCUUGUCCAGCGACAUGACAACUUAUUUUUCUUGCUCCGAGAACGAUAAAGAAGAAAAACCCACUUCUUCAGAAAACGAACAUGCAUCAUUUGACCCAAUCUGUCUUCAGAAUUUGAACAACGCAGAAAAGGUACAGGGUGUAAAGGAUUCAACGAUCCAAUGCAGCAUAGAGAAGGACAAGGAGCAGUUCAAUCAUGUCUCGGCAACGAAGCAAUCGAAUUACCUCGUGCCCCUUCAUCAUUGGCAGCAGGAUUUGCAGCAUACUCCUGCUGCAAGGCAAGAGGCGAAUGCGCCAACUUGCAAAAUUGUCCUGCCUGUAAAUAUAACUGAAGACUCCAUAUUUUCUGCUUCAAUCUUGGAAAUACUAUUCCACUGCUCAAAAGACAAGCAGGGCUUCACCGGAACAGAAGAAGCAAGCCAGGCCUUGGACUCAAACGCUUCAUGCAGGCACUUGAACUCGAAAAUGAUGUUGCAGCAGACAAAGCAGCUUCUGUUCGAUUGUGUGAAGGAGAUCUUAGAGACCCAUGAGCGGAAGGAGAAAGCGAAACGACACAACCGAGUCACCUUGGGGCCCGAGGAGAUUGGCCAGCUCAUAUGCGACAAGAUCCUGGCGUGGGGUAGAACAUCUGGGGACGAAACGAGCACAACCGAGCUGCUCUAUUCGGAUUGCCUGGAUACAGCAGAAGAAUGGGAGGAUUGUGUACCACAAAAUAUGCAAAUAAGUUCGGAAGUCGGAGAUGCUAUCAUAGAAGAGAUCACAAACGAAAUUGUUCUAGACAUGAUUGAUCUCCAGUUACCAAGGAUGUAAUUACUUGCAACAGCUAACUAUUAAUAGAACCUCACAUUUGCUUA